UUGCUGCAAUUAUAAAUGCACUAGCAUCUAAAGAAGGAGCCAGGGAGGAGUUGGAGGGCCAGCUCCUUUCCUCUGGAGCUCUCAGUGAGGAAUGCUGCUGAGCUGUUAAACUAGUAGGCAAUGCACUGUUUCUUGGGAAGAGAAAUUCUCUCUUUCUUCUGUCUAACAGUAAGAAAAAUGUGGUUGAAGUUUCUUCUGGCUAUUCUUCUCCUGCAUGCAACAGCUGGAAAGGAACCUGAGCCGCAGUAUGUCCUAAUGGUGCCAGCUGUUCUCCAAAGUGACUCUCCAAGUCAGGUUUGCCUGCAGUUCCUCAACCUCAAUCAAACAAUAUCUGUCAGAAUCAUCCUGGAGUAUGGUACCGUUAACACCACUGUUUUUGAGAAAAACACAACAGCAAGCAGUGGUCUACAGUGCUUGAACUUCACGAUUCCUCCGGCUGUUUCUGUCCCACUGGCUUUCAUUUCCUUCUCUGCCAAGGGCACAACAUUUCACCUGGAAGAGCGGCGGUCAGUGAUGAUUUGGAACAUGGAGAGCUUUGUCUUUGUGCAGACAGACAAACCCAUCUACAAACCAGGACAGAGUGUGAUGUUUCGUGUCGUUGCUCUGGAUUUCAAUUUUAAACCUAUUCAAGAGAUGUACCCCUUGAUUGCAGUUCAGGAUCCACAGAACAACAGGAUCGUUCAGUGGCAAAACGUGACAUCAGAGAUUAACAUUGUCCAGAUUGAAUUCCCACUAACUGAAGAGCCUAUCCUGGGAAACUAUAAAAUUAUUGUAACAAAGAAAUCAGGAGAGAGAACAAAUCAUUCAUUCCUUGUGGAGGAAUAUGUGUUGCCAAAAUUUGAUGUUACAGUCACUGUACCAGAAAGUCUUACAGUCAUGGAUUCAGAAUUGACAGUGAAAAUCUGCGCAGUGUACACCUAUGGCCAGCCUGUUGAGGGGAAAGUCCAGCUCAGUGUGUGCAGGGAUUUUGAUUUAUAUGGGAGGUGCAAGAAGAGCCCAGUUUGUCAAUCAUUUACCAAAGAUCUGGAUACAGAUGGCUGCCUCUCUCAAGUUCUCAGCUCCGACAUCUUUGAACUCAAUCGCAUUGGUUACAUGAGGAAUCUUGACGUGAAAGCCAUUGUCACAGAGAAAGGAACAGGUCUGCAACUUACAGCUACUCAGUCUAUUUCCAUAACUCGAGUGAUGAGCAUUUUACAGUUUGAGAACGUGGAUCAUCACUACAGAAGAGGAAUUCCUUAUUUUGGACAAAUCAAGCUGGUAGACAAAGACAACUCUCCUAUUUCCAAUAAAGUUAUUCAGCUAUUUGUUAAUAACAAGAAUACACACAACUUCACCACUGAUGUUAAUGGCAUUGCUCCGUUUAGCAUUGACACAUCUAAAAUGUUUGAUCCUGAGCUUAGUCUGAAAGCAAUAUACAAAACCAGUGACGAGUGCCAUUCUGAAGGCUGGAUAGAGCCUUCCUACCCAGACGCAUCUCUCUCUGUCCAGCGCUUAUACUCCUGGACUAGCAGUUUUGUGAAGAUUGAUCCUUUGUGGAAAGAUAUGAGCUGUGGGCAGAAGAGGAUGAUCACUGUGCACUAUAUCUUGAACACAGAAGGAUAUGAGCAUAUCAAUAUCAUGAACUUCUACUAUGUGGGCAUGGCAAAAGGCAAGAUAGUCCUCACAGGGGAAAUUAAAGUUAAUAUCCAAGCUGACCAAAAUGGCACCUUCACAAUUCCACUUGUGGUCAGUGAGAAAAUGGCUCCAGCCCUUCGGUUGCUUGUAUAUACGUUACACCCUGCUAAGGAGCUGGUAGCAGACAGUGCCCGACUUCCAAUUGAGAAGUGCUUCAAAAACAAGGUCCAGCUGCAAUUCUCUGAAAAGCAGAUGCUCACUGCUUCCAAUGUCAGUUUAGUGAUUGAAGCUGCUGCUAAUUCCUUCUGUGCUGUGAGGGCAGUGGAUAAAAGUGUGCUGCUUCUGAAGACUGAGACAGAGUUGUCUGCAGAAACGAUAUACAACUUGCACCCCAUUCAAGACCUACAAGGCUAUAUAUUCAAUGGGCUUAAUCUAGAAGAUGAUCCACAAGACCCCUGUGUCCCGUCUGAUAACAUCUUUCACAAAGGCUUGUAUUACAGACCUGUAACGUCUGGAUUAGGCCCAGAUGUAUAUCAGUUCCUUAGGGAUACGGGCAUGAAAUUUUUUACCAACUCAAAGGUUCGGCAACCAGUUGUAUGUACUAGCGAAACAGUAAGACCCCCAUCAUAUUUCUUGAAUGCGGGAUUCACAGCUUCUACACACCACAUCAAAUCAUCAGCUGAAGUAGCAAGAGAAGAACGUGGGAAGAGACUCAUCCUUGAGACUAUUAGGGAAUUCUUCCCUGAAACUUGGAUUUGGGAUAUUGUCCUUAUAAACUCUACUGGAAAAGCCAGUGUCUCAUACACCAUCCCUGACACCAUCACUGAAUGGAAGGCCAGUGCCUUUUGUGUGGAAGAGCUGGCUGGAUUUGGUAUAUCUGUGCCUGCCACCCUGACAGCCUUCCAGCCUUUCUUUGUGGACUUGACCUUGCCAUACUCUGUCAUUGAUGGAGAAGAUUUCCUGCUUAGAGCCAACGUCUAUAACUACCUCAACCACUGCACCAAGAUUAAUGUUUUGCUGUCAGAUUCCCUUGAUUAUCAGGCAAAACUCAUCUCCUCAGAGGAUGAUGGAUGUGUAUGUGCCAAAAAAAGAAAGUCCUAUGUCUGGAAUAUUUCGCCCAAAGGAAUUGGUGAUGUACUAUUCAGCAUUACAGCUGAGAGCAAUGAUGAUGAAGCUUGUGAAGAAGAAGCACCUAGGAACAUCAGUAUUAACUACAGGGACACCCAGAUCAGGGCACUGUUGGUUGAGCCUGAAGGCAUAAGAAGGGAAGAGACCCAGAACUCCUUGAUCUGUAUGAAAGAUAAUGUCAUUACUCAAGAUGUUGCUAUAGCUCUACCUACAAAUGUGGUAGAAGGAUCAGCCAAAGCUUCCUUUUCUGUUGUUGGUGACAUCAUGGGCACUGCCAUGCAGAACGUGCAUCAGCUUCUUCAGAUGCCAUUUGGCGGUGGGGAACAGAAUAUGGUCCUGUUUGCACCCAAUAUCUAUGUACUGGAUUAUCUGGACAAGACAAGGCAGCUGAGUGAAGAUGUCAAAUCCAAGGCCAUCGGAUACUUAGUGAGCGGCUACCAGAAGCAGCUAUUAUACAAACAUCCCGAUGGGUCCUACAGCACAUUUGGCAUUAGAGAUAAAGAAGGGAACACCUGGCUCACUGCCUUUGUGUACAAAUCAUUUGCAGAAGCUAGUCGCUUCAUAUAUAUUGAUGACAAUGUCCAGGCUCAAACCCUGAUGUGGCUGGCAAGAAAACAGAAGACAGAUGGCUGCUUUCAAAGUGUUGGGAUACUUGUCAACAAUGCCUUGAAGGGAGGAGUAGAUAAUGAGCUGUCACUUUCUGCCUACAUCACCAUUGCCUUGCUAGAAGCUGGGCACCCCAUGUCGUACACAGUAAUCCGAAAUGCCUUUUAUUGCCUGGAGACUGCAUCUGAGAAAAAUAUCACUGACAUUUACACUCAGGCACUUGUGGCCUAUGCCUUCUGCUUAGCUGGCAAGGCAGAAAUAUGUGAAACAUUCCUUAGAGAACUACAGAAAUCAGCAAAGAAAGCUGGUGGUUCAAAGCACUGGGAGCAGAAGCAGAGAUCCCCACCUGAAAAAUCCCCCUUCUUCUCUAACCAUGCUCCAUCAGCUGAGGUUGAGAUCACCAGUUACGUGCUGUUGGCAUUGCUCCACAGACCAAAUCGAAGUCAAGAGGAUCUCACAAAGGCCUCAGCAAUUGUGCAGUGGAUCAUCAGGCAACAGAAUCCCUACGGAGGUUUCUCUUCCACGCAGGACACGGUCAUUGCUCUUCAAGCCCUUGCUGCUUAUGGUGAGGCCACCUAUAAUUCUGUUACACAAAAUGUCAUCAAGAUCACUUCCAAGAACAAUUUAGAGAAGGUAUUUACUGUUAACAAUGAGAACAGGCUCCUGCAGCAACAGAUUCCCCUUCCUGAAGUCCCUGGGAAAUAUAGUUUAACAGUGAAUGGCACUGGAUGUGUACUUAUACAAACAGCACUGAGAUACAACAUUCCUCUUCCAGAGGGGGCCUUUGGAUUUUCUCUCUCAGUACAGACAUCAAAUGCUUCCUGCCCACAGGAUCAACCAGGAAAAUUCGAUAUUUUACUCAUAAGCAGUUACACAGGGAAGCGCUCUAGCUCCAACAUGGUCGUUAUUGAUGUGAAGAUGCUCUCCGGCUUUGUUCCUGUGAAGUCUUCUCUGGAUAAGCUCAUUGAUGACCAUACAGUGAUGCAAGUAGAAUACAAGAAAAACCAUGUUCUCCUUUACCUGGAAAAUAUCUUGCAAAAGAGGAGAAAAGAAAUCACUUUCUCAGUUGAGCAGGAGUUUAUAGUCACCCAUCCCAAGCCAGCUCCUGUGCACAUCUAUGAUUACUAUGAAACAGAAGAAUAUGCUGUUGCUCAGUACGUUUCACUUUGCAGAGAUGCUGUUGCAGAAAUGGGGUAAUGAUAAGUGAAAGUAAGGUAAGUGAAAGAAAAAAAAAAGCAAUGAAGGUGAAGCACUGGGGAAGGAAAGUAGAGAGAACAGUUAGUAAAAACAAAGGUAAGAAGGUGAAAUAUAAAGUAGCAUGAACAGAAGGAUUGGAAGGAUGAGUAGAGUGAGAGCUAUUCUUGCAGGAAAGGAGCCGUUGGUCUCUACCAGGCUUUCCAGGAAGCAGUCAGAAACAGUGGCCAGAUCCCAUCCUGUGUCAUAAGCUCUGUGGACUACAUUUGUGGACCACUACGCUGUUCACAGGAGGAGCUCAGCCCCUCUAUAGGGUGAAAGCCAAAGUGCAGAAAAACAGAAACACUGGAAAAUACCUGCAGAGAUUCCUCAAAAACAUCAACACUUAAACAAUAUUCUACCUACAACAUCCCUCAAAGCUUGUGUGCUUAAUGGGCACAGGUAAGGCAAGGCAUUUCACAUGAACUUCAGGAAUGCAAUCCUAGCCAGUCAAAUCAUAUUCUGAGGAGAACGCUGGAUAUGACGUGAAUCAUAGAGGUGUGUGUUGGCCAGUCAGAUGUACAAUGCUAUCUUAUUGUAGGGGAGGUCCAGAUCUGUACGCUGCUCAGUUUAACAGUUACGCUGGCCAUUAUCUGCUGAGCAAUUAUCUGGGUACGUAGGCAUAGUUUGCUGAUAGUUUUUGAUCCAUUUUUAGUCUGUUUUGCAUGGAAUGGACUAUCUAUUCAGUGUCCUGAAAACAUAUUUUAUAUUCUAUACCUGUGCUUUUUUUCUCAUUUUAUUUUCUUUUGAAUUUUCCCCUGUAGGAGCAAGUUGAACAACUGAUCAAGCAUCCUAUUUUCUUCUGUUGUUAAGUCCCAGAAAGGGUUAUUUUACCUUUCUAAGCACAGUGGGAGACUGUGAUGUUGUUUGUACUAGUAUCUGACUUUUUGUUUCUUUUCAUGGCAAAUCUCUCUAGAUCUAUACCAUAAUCAUAUGUACUUUUUCAUCAAUAAACCUCCCUUUUACAUUG